GCACGACCACCCCAUCUGAACAGUGAUGAAUUUUGGAACCACAUGCUGUCCGCAAACGCACGCCAAACCAUGAGAAAUCUGGACGUUUGCAUUCAGGCCGCGUAUCUCGACACGCCCUUCGUCCACAGAUUGGAACGGCCCUUGAUCAAAUUUGAGGGUGGGCCAACACCUGCGCCAGGUGAAGAAACCGGUGGUGGUGGUGGUGGAGACGCAGCCCCACCACCGGUACCACCUCCUGCAGCCAGGAGGCGAAGACAAACAAAAGCAUACAUAGACCUUGCGAAAUCGUCUUCAGAAUACAUGGGCGACAAUUCAAACAGCAUCUCAGAUAAUGGCACACCAGACGAUGGGAAUAGUACCGACGGUGUCAGAAACAAGCCAGUCAUGUUAAACUCAACAGCUAUUUUCAGCUUGGAACAGAUUGGUUUGUCCGAGUCAGGCUGGUGUUUCCAAACGGAGGCUGAGCAACGCCUGGGUGUUCUAAACUACAUAAGGACGACGUGUCCUGGCUCCCCAGCCUCGCACCAGUUUUCGCAGCUUCCUUCCAACUCGACAGGUGAGGCGGGGGACGAGGCGGGGGAGGCGCGGCCCUGGGACUACAAGGACGAAGAAGGCGAUCAAGAUGUCGAGUCCUCCUCCCAAUCCUCUCAAAACCCAGGAAGCGAGUCUUCUGCAGAUGGGGGUGUAACAAAUACUGAACCACCUCCCACAACCCCAGCCACAGAGGAGUGAACGACCUUAUUUCUAAAGUGUUAAUUUAAUUUUUAAAUAUAUUCUGAAACUUAUUAAGAUUUUUUAGAGUACAACAUUUCACAGAAUCACGCUCAUGAAAUAUAAAUAAUACCGGACGUACAGUAGUCAUUAAUCAUGACAACAAGAAAUUAUUCAUUAUAGAUCUGGAAAAAAUUACACGAAAACAAAUCAUACCGCUAAGUUACCAUCCAGUGUAUAAGAAAUUUCUCGUCGAAAAGAGAACAAGGUUUCGUAUUUCGACAAGCUAUGCAUACAUUGGGGUUGAUAUUAUGUCACGAUUUCCAGAAGGCCUGACAUACAGACUGCUCGAAAUAAUUAACUACGUUAGAGGAAAACUAAUUAACUAUACACUGCAAUUAUGUAAUGGAUGACAGCAUUACAAUAUAUUAUUAAAUUGGACUACCAAGUGUAAUAAUAAUGCAGCGUAUUCCUUUCAUCUCAACAGUUAGUGAC